AUGCCAAGGGAGAACGCUCGCGGGAAUAGGGAGAAGACGCCGUCGAGAAUCCCGUCACCGUCAGAUCUGCCUCGUCACCGCCAUGCUUCCAUCAGCGCCGUAGAUCUGUUUCAUCGCCGAGCUGAGCUAUGGAAGGAAGGGUCAGAAUGUGAUGGGAAAGGGAGACACCUUCCACCGCUGUUCCACCGCCAGAUCCGUGUCACCGCCACGAACUGCCGCUGUUCUGGCUGCCGGAAGCCGCCGCCGAGCCUUUGCCUUCUUGGAUUGAAUUCCGACGAUUUUAUAUCAAAGUUAAGGUUACAGUUCGACCAUCGGAGUUUCUGGCCGCUGUCGGAGAUGCCGCCGGGUCAUCUCGGGAUUGUAGCUGUUCCAUUUUGCUCUUACUGUAGGAUUGAGUUAUCGGGAUUGCCUGUUGCAAUUAAAGUUGUUUCUGCUAUUGUGGAAGUGAGCAGACCUGCGAUUGAGGCUGCAGUUGGUUUCAGGCGGAGAGGAAUGGUUCUUGUGACGCCUUUAGUUUAUGGGUUCAACUUUCGAGCUUUAUCUUUUCAGGAACCAGAUGGAGAGGCAUUAAGAAGAGUUAUACUGCGUCUGGUUUAUAUGUUAUUGUAUUAACUAGAUUAUUUUCUUCCCUCGUCUUUGUUAUUACAAGUUUGUAAGAGGGAUAGGAAUUGUAUGUUUUAUAUGUAUAAUAUAUUGAGUUAUUAUGUAAGGA